AUGUCCUUCCAGACGUCGACGCCAUCGUCUACGCCGAGCUCCUUCGCGUUCUCCACGCCCCAGACAGGGUUUGGGACACCACACAACGGAAACGCAAUUCCAUUUUCCUGGGGAGACCAAGCCAGUUCUCCUGCGCCGGUGGCGACGACGAGCUCACCAUCAUGUAGCAAUGAGGCUGCGAAAGCGUCGUUUCGAUACAGGAAUUACAGACCAGCCAAUUCCAGCCCGCUAGCCCGACUCCCAAGCGACUUUGCAGACGUGGACGACAUGGACGACGACGACGAUGACGACCUGCGUUCCGGUGGACACGAACCCUCAUCUCCACUUAACCGCGUAUCCAUGUUCAACAUCGGGUCUAGCGGCACACGCGACGAGAACGAGUCGCCCCUUUUCCAGCGCCGGCGUGCGCAAUACAAGUCCAUAGGGUUGGGAAGUCAAGGUGGCAGGAGGACAAGUGGCUUGGCGGCUAGCUCUCCGGCGUCGAGGACGUUUUCUGGGCCACCUAUCGCCGCUUUGUUUGCUUCUGGAGCGACGCCCGAGGAUCCUCAACGAGCGUUCUUGAGGGAGAGGUUCAAACAGAGGUGUUUCGAGAGGGCGGCGAAGGCGAGGGAGAAGGCUGUCAAGGCUAAGCGGAAGGGGGAAGGUUUCUUUGAUGUCGAGGGUGUCCAGACGAAGUCCAAGAAUCGGAGGAGCAAGAGAAGGAUGAGUGCAGAUGGCGAUAUUGGGAUGGAGGGUGACAGGGAGGAUGACUCGGAGAGCGACGACGAAGAAAUCAUGAAUGACGAGCUCUUCAAGAGAAUAAUGCAAAACGUGAACCGAAAAAUCCAACACUCGUACCGCGUUUCGUACCAAAACGAGGUUGGCAGCUCGUUUGAUCCUGACAUGGAAGACGUUGCUCGGUGGGAGGAGGAACUGAAAGGCACGUUUCCCCAACUCUCUCCCAUUUCAACUCAGCCCAAUUCGCAACCUACUACCUCUUCGUCCUCCACGGCCAUCCCGCCCAGCUCUUCUACAACCCACACUGAAGAAGACUUCCCGGAAGACGAAAUUCCCGACUUAUCAGAAUGGGAAGACCAGGAACUCGAAGCAUACGCAGAGGAAUACGCGAGGGUGAUGGAGGAGGAGGCGUACCAGCAACAGCAGGCCCAAAGCCACCAGCAGCCGAAAACGCCUUAUAACCCCGACGACCUACUCGCUGGACUUGAAGGUGUGCCCGAGGAAGAGCUAUUCGGGACGUGGAACUGGGAAAGCGAUGGCGAGGGUGCUGGAGGGGAUGUCGAGAUGGACAUAUGA